GCUGUCAUCGUUUUACCGGGAGAGGCGAAGGGCAUCCGGGAUACUGCCUUCGAGCGGAGCCGCCGAGACGCUUUAGGAGCGGACAUUUGAUCAGCACUUCCUGUCCGAGGACCGGCCUGGGUGGAGUUUAACUUCCUGUCGUCGCUGUAAGGUCGAGGACGUCCGGCCCGCCGGACUGACCACCUCCGUGUGUGACACGUUAAGGACUUCUCAUGCAUCGUUUAAGGACUUGUGCGGCGCGGUUGCGCCCGCUCACCGCCUCGCAGGCGGCUCAGACUGUCGGCCAGCAGCGGCCAAUCACAGCAGCCCCCACGGGCAGCACAAGGACGUUUCAGCCUGUCAGGUGCUACUCUUCACCUGUGGCCUCUGAGCCGUUCCUGAACGGGACGAGCUCCAACUACGUGGAGGAGAUGUACUACGCCUGGCUGGAAAACCCCAAGAGCGUUCACAAGUCCUGGGACGUGUUCUUUCGAAACGCCAAUGCGGGCGCUCCUCCCGGUGCCGCCUACCAGUCUCCUCUGGAUCUGUCGGCGGCGGCGGCGGCGGGCCUCGGCAUUCCUCAGCUGUCCUCGCUGGUCGGAGCCCAGCCCAACGUGGAGAAGCUGGUGGAGGAUCACCUGGCUGUCCAGUCCCUCAUCAGGGCCUACCAGAUCCGAGGGCAUCAUGUGGCCCAGUUGGACCCCCUCGGCAUCAUGGACGCUGAUCUGGACUCGUGUGUCCCCACUGACAUUAUCACUUCCUCCGACAAGCUGGGUUUCUACGGCCUGGAUGAGUCUGACCUGGACAAGGUGUUCCGGCUGCCCACCACAACCUUCAUCGGAGGAUCAGAGACGGCGCUGCCGCUGAAAGAGAUCAUCCGCCGCCUAGAGAUGGCGUACUGUCAGCACAUCGGCGUGGAGUUCAUGUUCAUCAACGACCUGGAGCAGUGUCAGUGGAUCCGGCAGAAGUUUGAGACCCCCGGAGUCAUGCAGUUCACUCAGGAAGAGAAGAGAACGCUGCUGGCUCGCAUGGUCCGCUCCACCAGGUUCGAGGAGUUCCUGCAGAAGAAGUGGUCCGCAGAGAAACGGUUUGGACUGGAGGGGUGUGAGUCUCUGAUCCCAGCUCUGAAGACCAUCAUCGAUAAGUCCUCCGAGAGCGGCCUGGAGUACCUCAUCAUGGGCAUGCCUCACAGGGGUCGACUGAACGUGUUGGCCAAUGUGAUCCGUAAAGAACUGGAGCAGAUCUUCUGUCAGUUCGACUCCAAGCUGGAAGCUGCAGAUGAGGGCUCUGGAGACGUAAAGUACCACCUGGGGAUGUACCAUCGUCGUAUCAACCGUGUGACGGACAGGAACAUCACGCUGUCUCUGGUGGCAAACCCGUCCCACCUGGAGGCCGUGGACCCCGUGGUUCAGGGGAAGACCAAAGCUGAGCAGUUUUACUGCGGAGACACAAACGGAAACAGAGUGAUGUCCAUCCUGAUACACGGUGACGCAGCCUUUGCAGGUCAGGGGAUCGUAUACGAAACCUUCCACCUGUCUGACCUGCCGUCUUACACCACGCACGGCACCGUGCACGUGGUCGUCAACAACCAGAUCGGCUUCACCACCGACCCUCGAAUGGCGCGCUCGUCUCCGUACCCCACCGACGUCGCCAGAGUGGUCAACGCCCCCAUCUUCCACGUCAACGCCGACGACCCCGAGGCCGUCAUCUACGUCUGCAAGGUGGCGGCGGAGUGGAGAGCCACCUUCCACAAAGACGUGGUUGUUGACCUGGUGUGUUACCGUCGGAUGGGGCACAACGAGAUGGACGAGCCGAUGUUCACUCAGCCGCUGAUGUACAAACAGAUCAAGAAGCAGAAACCGGUUCUGCAGAAAUACGCAGAGAAGCUGAUCGCAGACGGAAUCGUGAGCAGGCAGGAGUACGAGGAGGAGAUUGCCAAGUACGAUAAGAUCUGCGAGGAGGCGUACGCCCGCUCCAAAGACGAGAAGAUCCUGCACAUCAAGCACUGGCUGGACUCCCCGUGGCCCGGUUUUUUCACUCUGGACGGACAGCCGAAGUCCAUGAGCUGCCCCUCCACGGGCCUUUCAGAGGAAGACCUGAACCACAUCGGACAGGUGGCGUCCUCCGUCCCUGUGGAGGACUUCACCAUCCACGGAGGUCUGAGUCGUAUCCUGAAGGGCCGGGCGGAGAUGGUCCGGAGCCGGACCGUGGACUGGGCUCUGGCAGAGUACAUGUCCUUCGGCUCGCUGCUGAAGGAGGGGAUCCACGUCCGGCUGUCGGGUCAGGACGUGGAGCGAGGGACAUUCAGCCACCGGCACCACGUCCUCCACGACCAGAACGUGGACAAGCGGACCUGCAUCCCCAUGAACCACAUGUCCCCGGACCAGGCGCCGUACACCGUCUGCAACAGCUCGCUGUCCGAGUACGGCGUCCUCGGUUUCGAGUUGGGCUUCGCCAUGGCCAGCCCCAACGCCCUGAUCCUGUGGGAGGCCCAGUUCGGAGACUUCCACAACACGGCCCAGUGCAUCAUCGACCAGUUCAUCUGUCCGGGUCAGGCCAAGUGGGUCCGGCAGAACGGCAUCGUGCUGCUACUGCCGCACGGGCUGGAGGGCAUGGGUCCGGAACAUUCUUCAGCCCGACCAGAGAGAUUCCUCCAGAUGUGCAACGAUGACCCAGAUGUCAUGCCUAACAUCACGGAGGACUUCGCGGUCCGCCAGCUGUACGACUGUAACUGGAUCGUGGUGAACUGUUCCAGUCCAGGGAACUACUUCCACGUUGUGAGACGACAGAUCCUGCUGCCGUUCAGGAAACCGCUGAUCAUCUUCACGCCCAAAUCUCUGCUGCGCCACCCCGAAGCCCGCUCCAGCUUCGAUGAGAUGCUGCCCGGAACUCACUUCCAGAGGGUGAUCGUGGAGGACGGACCUGCAGCCGAGCGUCCUGAGGCCGUGAAGAGGCUGAUCUUCUGCACCGGGAAGGUUUACUACGAGCUGACCAAGGAGAGGAAGAGCCGAGGCCUCGAGGACACGGUGGCCAUCUCUCGCAUGGAGCAGCUCUCUCCGUUCCCCUUCGACCAGGUGAGGGCGGAGUUUGAGCGGUUCCCCAACGCGGACCUGGUGUGGUGUCAGGAGGAGCACAAGAACCAGGGUUACUACGACUACGUGAAGCCUCGAAUCCGGACCACCAUCAACAAGGCCAAGCCCGUCGGGUACGCCGGCAGAGAUCCGGCUGCGGCGCCGGCAACGGGAAACAAGAAAACUCACAUGAUGGAGCUGCGGCGCUUCCUGGACACGGCCUUCGACCUGGAGGCCUUCAAAGAUCAGCAGUAGAGCCGACGCACCUGGAGCUGAGCCUCACCUGGACCCACUCGCACCGAAACAAGAUUCACCUCCACCGUAGACCUGCAACCAACAUGCGGACAGAACGACGUGACAACGGCUGAACGUUCAGAGUUUGUUUCUUAAAGUCGACAGAAUCGUGCAGGACGCCACAGAGAUGUUCGACUCCAUGAGUCUGUGAGCGACUGCAGCUGCUCCUUAAAUCAGACGGAUUCUGAACGGAGUUUGGUUCAGCAGGACCGUCACACACACACACACACACACACACACAGAGUCUCCAUCAUCAUCAUCACCCCCCGACGCACAAACAUAGGAUCAGAGCUUCUUCUUCUCUUCAGGAAACAUUUAGUCUCAGCUUUUAUAAAAAGCUAAUUAGCAUCGUUAGCGUCGUUAGCGCUCCUCGUUGGAAGUGAAUGGGAGUUUGGCUAACGGAGAAUCAGACGGGACAGCAGGGUGGAGGUUUUGUUUCCUUUUUUAUUAUUAUCAUUAUUAUUAUUUUGGCUUUCAGGAAACUGCUCUCAUUAAUGGAAGUCUGUAAUCAGUCGCCAUGGUAACGCAGAACGCUGAGGUUUUAGUCUUUUACUCUGAAGGGUUUCUUUAGGGAUACAAGUCCCUGAGCGGUGCACUGCUGAUGGAUGAUUUAACCCCCCUCCUCCUCCCCUGGCGAGCUUUCAUCUCGUGCCAAAACGCGGCGCCGCACGUCCCGUUUUAUUAUUUUCUCACGUUGCAGCUGAACCCCGGGCAGGAAAUGAAGUGACGGCCGGCGGAGCAUGAAGUCGGCUGCAGCCGGUGUUCUGGGCUUCAGUCAAACAAAAGAAAUCAUUUAUUUAUUUUCAUAAACGGGGACUGAAGUCGUCUUCGUUAUUUCGCUUCAUUCAAUAAAGAAUUCUGUUCUGAA